AUGUCACAGGCAUCCAGAAAGAAGUUAUUGUUAAUGGGCCGCUCAGGUUCAGGUAAAUCAUCGAUGCGGUCGAUUAUUUUCUCUAAUUAUUCAGCAUUUGACACCCGAAGACUAGGAGCAACAAUUGAUGUUGAGCAUUCCCACUUGCGGUUCUUAGGAAAUAUGACGUUGAAUUUAUGGGAUUGUGGUGGUCAGGAUGUUUUUAUGGAUAACUAUUUCACUACGCAGAAAGAUCACAUAUUUAAAAUGGUUCAGGUGCUCAUACAUGUAUUUGACGUUGAGUCUAAGCUGAUUAAUAAAGAUAUCGAAAUUUUCGUAAAAUCGUUAACAAAUUUACAGAAAUUCAGCCCAGAUGCGAAGGUAUUUGUAUUGUUGCAUAAGAUGGAUCUAGUACAGAUUGACAAACGAGAUGAGUUGUUUGUUAUCAUGAUGGAAAAAUUGCAGAAGAUUUCAAACCCAUAUCAGUUCAAGUUAGUAGGCUUGCCUACGUCUAUAUGGGACGAGUCCUUGUAUAAAGCGUGGUCCCAAAUUGUAUGUUCGUUGAUUCCAAACAUGAACGUGUAUAAUAAUAACUUGAUCAAAUUCAACCAGAUAUUGGAUGCCGAAGAAAUUAUUUUGUUUGAAAAGACGACCUUCCUCGUAAUUUCGUCAACUACCUCAAUUGCACAACAAUUGAAGCAGCAGAAUAGACUGCAUCUCGAAGAUGAUAAUAAUAUCGAUACCACAGCCCUAGACCCUAAGAGAUUCGAAAAAAUUUCAAGCAUAAUAAAAACGUACAAACAAUCGGUCACAAAAUUAAGAACAAACUUCCAUAAUUUGGUGAUAAGAGGCUCCAAGGGCAACCAGUUCUAUAUAGACGUGCUUACUGAUAAUAUGUUGGUUAUGAUUAUUCUCAAGGACAAGGAAGAUGAGACAAGCUAUGUUAACACUCACGAGGAAUUAGCAGUAUUAGAAAAUAUAAAAGCUGCAAGGAAGUGGUUUGAAAAGAUUGAGACUACAAAAUGA